AUGCCAGCUAAUGGGAAAUCACCCCAGAGGUUUCCUGCCCUGGUUCCAGGACAACCUGGCAGAUCAUUUGAGGGAUCUGUGUCAUUUGAAGACGUGGCUGUGGAUUUUACCCAACAGGAGUGGUACAGACUGGACCCUGCCCAGAGGACCAUGCACAAGGAUGUGAUGCUGGAGAACUACAGCAACCUGGCGUCAGUGGGCCUCUGCGUGGCCAAACCAGAGAUGAUCUUCAAGUUGGAGCGAGGGGAAGAACUGUGGAUAUUAGAGGAGGAAUCCUCAGGCCAUGGUUACCCAGGCUCUCUCUCACUGCUGUGUGCCAACAAUUCUGUUGGGGGUAAUGCCCUCAGUCAUGAUAAUGACCUUCAGCAUCAGAAGAUUCAAACUUUGGAUCAAACUGUUGAAUAUGGGAAAGCCUUCUACAAGAGAACAGGCUUUGUUGGACAUAAAAGAACACACACAGGAGAGAAAAACUUUGAAUGUCAUGAAUGUGGGAAAACUUACUGCAGGAAAUCAAAUCUUAUUGAACAUCUGAGAAUACACACAGGCGAGAGACCCUAUAAAUGUGGUGAAUGUGCAAAAACCUUUAGUGCAAGAUCAUACCUCAUUGCUCAUCAGAAAACUCACACAGGGGAGAAGCCCUUUGAAUGUAAUGAAUGUGGAAAAUCUUUUGGCAGGAAGUCACAACUCAUUCUGCAUCGGAGAACACACACAGGAGAGAGACCCUAUGAAUGCACUGAGUGUGGGAAAACCUUUUCUGAGAAGGCAACCCUCAUGAUUCAUCAGAGAACUCACACAGGGGAGAAACCCUAUGAAUGUGGCGAAUGUGGGAAAACAUUUCGCGUUAAGAUAUCCCUUACUCAACACCAGAGAACUCAUACAGGGGAGAAACCCUAUGAAUGUGGUGAUUGUGGGAAAAACUUUCGUGCAAAAAAAUCCCUAAACCAACAUCAAAGAAUUCACACAGGCGAGAAACCCUAUAAAUGUGGUGUAUGUGGGAAAUUCUUCAGAAUGAAGAUGACUCUCAAUAAUCACCAGAGAACUCAUACAGGUGAAAAACCCUAUCAGUGUAACGAAUGUGGGAAAUCUUUCAGGGUGCACUCAUCUCUCGGAAUACAUCAGCGAAUUCACACAGGAGAGAAACCUUAUGAAUGUAAUAAAUGCGGUAAUGCCUUCUAUGUCAAAGCACGCCUCAUUGAACAUCAGAGAAUGCAUUCAGGAGAGAAACCCUAUGAAUGUAGUGAAUGUGGAAAAAUCUUCAGUAUGAAGAAAUCCCUGUGUCAACAUCGGAGAACUCACAUAGGAGAGAAACUUUAUGAAUGAAGUGAAUGCAGAAAUGCCUUCGCUGUGCAAGUAUGCCUCAUUGACAAAGGAGAGAGACCCUUUGAAUAUCAAGAAUGUGGGAAAGCCUUCUGCCAGAAAGCACACCUCACAGAACAUCAGAUAACUCACUUAGGCCAGCCCUUGCCUUGUACUAUGGAGAAAGCUUCUCUAAGAAGAUUCCUCUCAUCAUUUGACCAAGCCCUUUGGGCCAUCUGA